GGACUUUGCGGAGCCAUCGCUCCCACUCUCGGAUUUCCGGCCACUGAAAGGCGCGCGGCGAGGCGAAUCCGCAAUGCUGAGAUUCAUGGCAAAGAUCACUUUUGGCAUCAGCUUCACACUUGUUCUGUUCUGUUACCAAGUUCUCUCGGUAGAAGUUUGCAGACGGGAACAUUUUGUUGCUGCUGUGUAUGAACAUCAUGUCAUCCUGAAUCCCAACCCAACAGCCGUUACUGAUCGACAGUCUGCCUUAGAGCUGAUGAACAAAAACCUAGACAUUUACGAAGAACAAGUGAUUGCUGCUGCUGAACAGGGGACGCAAAUAAUCAUCUUUCCUGAAGAUGGAAUCCAGGGUUUCAAUUUCACUAGAACAUCAAUUUAUCCUUACUUGGACCUCAUCCCAUCUCCUGAUUCUGUGACAUGGAAUCCAUGUAACGAAGCAUACUUAUUCAAUGACACAGAGGUUCUUCAUCGACUGAGCUGUAUGGCACUGAAGAAUCAGCUGUUUUUAGUGGCAAACAUAGGAACCAAGCAGUUCUGUGAGCCCAGUGAUCCCUCCUGCCCACCAGAUGGAAGAUACCAGUUUAAUACCAAUGUAGUAUUUAGUGACAAUGGUAUGCUCAUAGCUAGAUACCGAAAACAAAACCUGUACUUUGAAUAUGCCUUCAAUACUCCAGCAGAAGUAGAUUACACCGUUUUUGAUACCCCUUUUGCAGGCAAAUUUGGAAUCUUCACUUGCUUUGAUAUCCUGUUUUAUGAACCAGCUGUGCCCCUUAUUAAGCAAUACAAUGUGAAACAGGUUGUUUAUCCUACUGCAUGGAUGAACCAGUUACCACUUUUGUCAGCUGUAGAAUUUCAACAAGCUUUUGCAACAGCUUUUAAUAUCAGUCUUCUAGCAGCAAACAUCCAUCAUCCGGACCUGGGCAUGACAGGCAGCGGUAUAUACACACCGUCAAAAUCUUUCAUUUUUCAUGAUAUGGAAAGUGUUAACGGUAAGCUUAUAGUGGCAGAAAUCCCUGUUAUAUUAGAAAAUGAAACCCAAAUGGAGAACUCGGUAAUAUCUAACACACAAGAGAGUUUUUCAAGCUUCCCUAUGGACACACUCGUUUGCCACAAAGAGGAUCAAGAAGACUGCAGUGACAUAACAAAAGGAGCAUCCAAAGCAGCACUGCACAUCUUUUAUGGUGAAAUGAUGUAUGAUAAUUUCACUUUAGCACCCAUUCUGGAAGCUGAAGGAAACAUCCACGUCUGUUCCAAUUCUCUUUGUUGUUAUUUGAGUUACCAGAGAUUGGAUUCAUCUAACGAACUGUAUGUUUUAGGGGUGUUUGAUGACCUACACACAGUACAUGGAACAUACUAUGUACAAGCCUGUGUGUUAGUAAAAUGUGGUGGAUCUAGCUACACUACUUGUGGACAGGAAGUUACAAAGGCCACUGGAAUGAUAGAUUUUCAGCUUCAAGGAAAUUUCACAACUGCUUAUGUCUUUCCCCUGUUACUAAAAUCUGAUGUCACACUAGAUUUUGCUGACCAUUUGGGCUGGAAAAAUAACUAUUAUGUCAUGCAGAAAAAGGGAGGAUCUUCUGGCUUGAUAACUGCUGGUUUAUAUGGACGAUGGUAUGAAAAGGACUCAAUCAGAAACACUUUGUACAACAAACACAUAAAUGGUUAUCCCAGGAACUCAAUAAAAGGAGACUAAUAUAGUAAUGGA